AUGGACGGUGUGGACGAGGCCUUGACGGCGCAGGACGGGAACAGGGUGAACGGAGCUGAGGAUACGAAGCCGCGCACGCGCCGGCCGACGAAGCUGGCCGCGGCGACGCAGGUGCUGCCCAAGCAGUGGCAGGAGGCGCUGUCGUCCACCGCGCGGGCCAAGCUGGGCCUCAAGGUCAACUUCCACAAGCUGGACACGAACUCCCUGAGGAAAUACCGCAGGUUCUACAAGCUGCCGGACGUCUCUCCGGACGCCACGAAGGAGAACCUCGUGAUGGCCGUCGGUAGGCACUUUUCGGCGCAGAACGUGGACGAACAGCGGGUCAUCAAUGCGUUCCUCGGACGGGUGCGGAACUCCUCGCGCUGA